AUGCGAGCAUUGUGGUCUCAAGUUCCUCGACCAAAACUGAAUGGCUCUCCCGUCCACUCCUCAAGAGAAUCGAUUACCUCUGUCCUGGUCCGGAAAACCACCACGGCACCUUUGAAACGCCGUCCGACCUUCAACGAUGCCUUCACGAUUUUAUUGGCCCCUGUCCUUGCCACGGCCUUCAUUGUCGAUACCAGUUGGAAAGACAAACAGCGAAAAGAUUGGGAUGAGAAACUUUCGGUUAUUAAAGAGGAGAUAGAACAAAUUCAUGAACGAGAAUCGCGCCUUCGGAGCUCUUUGAAGCUUCGAUCUAUUCCAAACGGGCUGGCGUUUCAGCGAAGAGACUAUAUGACAAUCGCACAAGCCCCUGCAGAACGUGGAAAUUUGGCUAGUGACAUUGGAACGACUUUUGGGGAAGCGGAAGAGCGGGAGGACGAAACCUUCCACGCAGAUCGCAACACGCCUCUUCGAACUUCGGCCGGCCCCAUUGAAGUUCUGAGAACUUCCAGAGCAUUUAUAGAGGGCAAGUUCUCCCCUGAAGAGAUGUCCAACUUUCUCCGAUACCAUCGUCUCAAUGCCAUCACGCUGGCAAUCCGGUUACUGCUUCAUCUUCACAUCGGACCCAGUCCCUUUUUUGGAUUCCUUCCUGAUGAAGAAGCGGUGGAAGUGAACGAGAAAGAUAUUCCUCAAGAUGCUAAUCGGUUGGCUGAAAUGUUGAGGUUGACUCGAACACAAAUGCGUCGCCUUAAACGGCGUUCAGAUCUCUUCGUGGUUGGCCCACAUGUCGAGGAGCAAGCUUCCCAGGGAAGCUUGAACGAUACCAUACGAGAGUUGACGGACAGUUUCGACCGGGGAAAGAUAUCAACUGCGGGACUGGUCAAUGGAUUUGGUCGAGCACUUCUGAGCUCAGAUGAGGUCCUCUCCAUCUCGGCCUAUGUCAAAUUGCUUCGAAGCUUCUCCAAAGCUGGUAAAUUCAGCCUCGUCUACCACGUGAAUGCGGCCAUGAAGAACAGCACGCUUCCGCUUACCGAUGAAGCAAUCUUUCAUAUGAUCUUUUCAGUUGGCCAGGCGUGCGACUCUCGCUCACUAAUCCAUAUUCUCCAGACCAUAACGAGGUCGGACAGUGUGUUAAACUUGGUGAACAAAUGGGAAAGGGUCCAUGUCAACGGAUUGGAUCUUCCUGUUCCAGCCUCGCUGAAUCCACUCAUUUUACAAGCUUUAGUGUACGCCGGUUUAAGAUGCGAACAACCGGAACGAGCAGAAGGGUGGUUGUCGCUUCUUCAACAGACGGAUUACGGCACAAUGUGGAAGGACAACGUGUUCCGAAGUUUCCUAUCCUACUACACCGUUCACGGAAAUUGGGAGAAAGGGAAGCUCUGGCUCCGACGAUCGGUGCAACACGCAUCGUCAAUUGCUUCUGUCACACUUGAUGGUUUUGCCCGAGUGAUUCUCCGCAUGCUGGACUUAUGUGUGGGUUGUCGCAAACUCCCUGAAUACACCAUGAUUCUAGACGCAGCAGUCAAUGCGGGCAUUGUAACUCCCACCAAUCAUCGGAACCCCAACGACCGCAGAUCAAUUCGCCCUCGUCUUCGCAGCAUUCUUCUUGAAUGGGACUCAAUGCCUGUACCGGAGAAUGCCGUGUCUUUAUCCGUUGAGGAAAAGGUAAGAGCUUUCCAAGAAAGUUGUAAACCUCUCAUCGAACAUUUCUACGGUUCAUCACCUGAGAACCAGAAAGAGCAAUCGCAAGAGAGGGACGAUGAAUUGGUGCUUAUGCCCCGAAGAUCUGAUGGUAUACGGUAUUCAGUGCGGCGCCAAUUGAAAAAGGAAGCCUCACCGGACGAAUCUGCCGCAGUUCUUCUCCGGGACGUCUCCAAGAUGCAAGAUCGUUUUGCUGUGCAAGAUGCCCAAAUCUCACAACUCAAGGCGAGAUUGAGUGUUGCUCUUGAGCGACACCAUGCCUCCCAGCAAGAAGCACAGGAGAGGAUUGCGAGGGAGGAGCGAUGGCAGAAAGUGACGGCCACAUUGCAAGAGGAGUUGAAAGAGUCGAAACUUGCACUGGAAAGAUUACAGAGUCUGAAUCAGGCUUACAUAAAAGAGCAGGCUACACUUCAGCAGGGCAUCUCGGAUUUGAAAGCCAUAGCUAAGCGCCUGAUGGACCAGCCCAAAGAAAUUGCGGCGAUGGAGUCGGUAAUGUGGAAAGAUCUUGACAUGAAAGCUCAAACACCAACACAAACAGAAUCUGCUCCGAUGAAACCAGAUACGGAAUCAUACACAACAACGGCGGCAAUAUCCUCCAACUCCCGCGCCGAAGAACCUUCCCCUUUACAAUCACUCGCAUCGGAAAGGUCCGCGCCACCAAUGCCAGCAUCCAUUCCCUCUACGACUAGAAGUGAAAUCACCCAACAGCGCCGUGUCCAUUCCCGACCCGACACUUCGAAAGUGAAAUCGAACUUGAGUUCAGAAAUUCCAGCUCCAGGGCCCGGCGUCAAGGAGGAGCCCGUCCUACAGAUCAAAAAGAUCUAUCGGGACUUCCAAGACGAUGUGGCUUUCGGCGGCAAAAGGCAGAAAUGGCGGAGAAUAAAAAGUGAGCAGACGCCGGGGGCCUUGCGUUGA